AUGUCCACCAAAGGUUUCCUCAUCUAUCUCGUAUCCUCCUUCUCUGUCGCGCUUCUCUCUGCGCUGUUCCUCACCGGAACCUACGACGUCAAACAUUAUGCGUCAUUGUCUCCUCCCUCUCCCAUUUAUGGAUCCGAAAACGAUAAAGUUUGGCCCGAAUUGAAGGUGGGUUGGAGAGUUGCGUUGGCCACAGUUAUUGGGUUUCUGGGAUCUGCUUUUGGAACCGUUGGAGGGGUAGGUGGGGGAGGCAUUUUCGUUCCCAUGCUCACUCUCAUUGUCGGUUUUGAUACCAAGUCUGCUGCUGCUCUUUCUAAAUGUAUGAUAAUGGGGGCGUCAUCAGCUUCCGUUUCGUAUAACCUGAGACUACCUCAUCCAACCAAAGAAGUGCCUAUAAUAGACUAUAAUCUGGGACUUCUUUUCCAGCCCAUGCUCAUGCUUGGUAUAACUGUUGGUGUAGCGCUCAGUGUUGUCUUUCCCUACUGGCUCAUCACUGUCCUCAUCAUCAUUCUCUUCCUUGGUACCUCUUCGAGGUCUUUCUAUAAGGGAACUCAGAUGUGGAGGGAAGAGACUCUUCUCAAGAAAGAAAUGGCCAGGCAAAAAACUACUUUUGUUAAUUCUCGUGGCGAACUUCUAAUUGACAUAGAAUAUGAGCAGUUGAUUCCUAACCAAGAGAAGUCAUCUAUGCAAAUUGUUUGUUUCAAUCUCAAGUGGAAAAUGAUUUUGAUACUAAUGGCCGUGUGGGUUUCUUUCCUACUACUUCAAAUCAUCAAGAAUAGUGUGGAGGUCUGCAGUCAAUGGUAUUGGGUGCUAUUCUGCUUACAGUUUCCCAUUGCACUUUCGGUCUUUGGCUACGAAGCAGUAAAGUUGUACAAGGAUCACAAAGAGAGAAUGAACACAGGAAACCUGGAAUUCAUAUGUGAGGCAUCAAUUGAAUGGACUGCUCUGCACAUUUUAUUUUGUGCACUAUGUGGCCUUUUAGGAGGAACUGUUGGAGGCCUACUUGGCUCUGGAGGUGGAUUCAUUUUGGGUCCUCUUCUCAUCGAGAUCGGUGUCAUUCCCCAGGUUGCUAGUGCAACAGCAACAUUUGUGAUGAUGUUUUCGUCAUCUUUGUCUGUAGUGGAAUUCUACCUUCUCAAGAGGUUCCCCAUUCCAUAUGCCUUAUAUCUCACCACAGUGUCUGUUCUGGCCGGCUUUUGGGGACAGUAUUUUGUAAGGAAAUUGAUGGGAAUUCUUGAAAGAGCCUCAAUCAUUGUAUUCAUCCUCUCAGGGAUAAUUUUUGUCAGCGCUCUCACCAUGGGUGUGGUUGGCAUUGACCAGAGCAUUAAAAUGAUCCAAGACCAUGAGUUCAUGGGUUUUUUAGACUUCUGCAGCAGUCAAUGA